UCGAGAACCUACUAGAAAGAUAUCUAGAUUCUUCGAGAAGCCAUCUAUUGAAUAUUAUUUUUAUUACGUCUGUCAACUUCAAGGAACAAACAAAACAAGGAACUGUUUUUAUGUCUAUUAGCAAAUUAAUGAAAGUUUAAAAUUGUAAAAAAGACAGUCAAGAAGUGAAAAUUGUCAAGUACAUAUUUCGAGGAUCGUGUGAAAUUUUAGAUAUAUUUGCAUGAACCCCAAUAGAAUGACUGGUGAACCUAACCAACAAACUCCAGCUUCAGUGUUUGGAUUUGAUUCCUAUCCUCCAAUGUUUGCGGUAAAUUGGAAUCAAGCAAACCCAUUUACGAAUACCAUGGCUCAUCCCGAUGCCACAGUGCAGCAACAGUAUCAAAUGCUGCAAAGACCAGACUUGGCAAUGCCAUUUUCAACUUCAAAUAAUCCUCCACUGCCAAAUCAGAUACCAAACCAAAUACCCUUUAGCAGUAUGCCUUUACCGGGACAUGUUUCAAAUCCGGUACAUCCUCAGUAUGCACAUGCUUUUGGUCAACAGCUGAGUGGUUUUUCAUUUGGUUCUCCAAGACCUACACAAGAGCUGGUUCAGUUUCCUUUUCAAGGUGAGAACAGUAGGUUCGGUAACCGAGAAUUAGGAUGCAAGAGGAAAACAGAGUCUCCUCCAUUGCAACAUGCCAAACAGCACAUAACUGAAGAAAAAAUGGCAGAACACAUGUCCAAACUUCACAUAAGUUCAGAAACGGCCCAUCCUAAGGAAAACGAUGCCAGCCGAAUGCAGCGUUUGUACAUGUGUGAAGAAAUGCGCAAGCUAAAAACCGAUCCCAUCCUUCCGCAGUCACUAUUGUCCAAAAUGCAGAAUCCCUGUACAGCGCUAGUGCUGUGGAAACCCCCAACUAGGUUCAUUCCCGUAUCCGGAAACAACGAAAUAGACGAAAACGAAAAUAACAAUAGGGACACCGUACCUGACCACCAAAACCAGGAAAGCGAUGAUGUAGAAGACGAAAUGAGUGAGGUUUGUAUGAACAAUAUGGAUCUUGAUUCUUGUUAGAAGUGAUGGGGGCUUUAGAAUCAUCAAAGACUGAAUUAAACAUAUAUUAGUACCAUUUAAUGGUCUUAUCAGAAGUCAAAUAUGUCUGUAAAUUAAUAAUUUUUCUUAAUAUGUUUGUUAUCGUAGAUAUUUUGAAAAACUUAAAUGUAUUAAAGAUUCAUCGUUUCACAAUUAAUUAACAAUAAUUAUUAUCAUUUACUAUUUUAUAUUGUUUGCCAAUGUUUUUACAAAAAUUGUUUUUGAAUAGGUAUUAUAAAAAAUUAAAACAAAGAGAGAAAUAAGAAAAUGUAAGAAAAUCGUUGUCUGAAGUCAACUGUUUUAUGAUUUUUCUCUUUUUCAAUUCGGUACUUUGUUUUUAUGUCUUCCCUAUUGCUAUGUCAGGAUACUUUUUUCUAGGUUGUCCUGUUUUAAUUUUUUGUUAGUUAAUUCGGUUGAUAUCACAGAUUUCCAUAAUGUUUCUUUAAUCAUGAUUGGAUUACGUAAUGAUUUUUACAUUCUUUUACCUAUCUUUUAAGUGUGGAAAACCAUAUCAAUUUUUUUGGGAUUGUUUUUGACAACGCAUUGCAGGGGCCUGAUUCUAAUUCAUUUCGAUGUCGCAAUUUAAUUUCGACUCCGCCAUGACAGUCGCAAUUUAUAGCGAUUCUUAUUCAUUUCGAUAUUAGCUCCAACUGGGGAUAUUAACGUUAUCAUUUUAACACUGCUCAGAAUUUGGGUUGGUCCUCCUGUUUAUUAGAUUUAUUGGCUAUGCAACCACCGCAACGUUUGUUGAUAGCCUGGACAAAUUAUCGAAAAAAUGUCAUUUUUGGGAAAAGUUAUUUACCAGCUAUUUUAUUGCUAAAAUCGAAUCUUAAGAUUGCAUGUAUAUGUAUUAGUAAUAUGGGGUAUGACAAGUCCGUGGAAAGUGUGGUAUUUUAUUUAUAAACAAAUUAGCACUCAUAAAUCUUCUUUUUUUUUUCAAUUAGUGCUCUGUAACUCCUAAGAUUUUUCCUUUAAACCAAAAACACUCAAAUAAAAAUUCACCGUAAUUUAGUUCUGCGGAAAGUUAUUUUUUUUCCGAUUUCCUUCAACAAAAAUUUUCCUCGGAAAAUCAGAGUUUUCCCAAAAAAAUCUGCAAUUUUCAAUUAAAAUUUUAGGGAAGUAAUUAUUUAUCAAUAAUUAAAUAAAUUGGUGAUAUGAAAGAUUUUUUAUAGUAUAUUAUAUAUCAGGAGGCCUGCGACAAUCUUAACCAAUAGUUUAGCAAUAAUUAAAACGUUAAUUAAAAAUUUUCGGUCGAAAUAAUAACCAGAAAGAUUAUGAUACACCAGAAUAACUAUGAUUUUCGUAUAAAAAAGCACUAUACCUAUUCAACGUACUUUACAGAAUUGAAAUUGGACUAUUUGAGCGGUCUCAGGAAUGUUAUAAAGAAACAAUUUUUUGGCUUAUAAACAAAUAGAACCCCUCAGAAAAUAUUAGAUUAAAUUAAAUUAAGUUAACGCUGUUGAAAAGGGCACGGCUUCUGUGCCCUUUUCGAAGAAAAAAAAAUUGAAUUGCGAAGAGUGGUUCCAGGUAUAACCGGUCAAAUUUGACCGGCAUUUGUGACAGAGUUAUAAACAACAGAAUUUCAAUCUUUGAACCAUUAUCUUUUUAUUCCGGUCCUCUUUGUACAUACAAAUUUUCAUAUCUUCAAGACACUCAUAACAAAAAAGAUUUAUGUCACCAAGUUAUUUAAUUAUUGAUAAAUAAUUACUUUCCUAAAAUUUUAGUUGAAAAUUAAAGAUUUUGUUUGGAAAACCCGAAUUUUCCGCCGAAAGAAAUCGGAAAAAAAUAUCUGUGCAUAAUUAAAUUACAGUGAAUUUUUAUGUGAGUGUUUUUGGUUUAACGUUAAAAUCUUCUGAGUUACAGAGCAAUAAUUGAAAAAAGAAUUCGGAGCGCUAAUUUGUUUAAAAACCAAAUAGCACACUUUCUGCGGACUUUGCAUAGCUAUAUUACUAAUAUAUGAAAUCUUAAGAUUUGAUUCCAGCAUGUCCAGCAAUAAAAUAGCUGGUACAUAAUUUUCCUUGUUUUAUACUAAUUUUCCCAGAUUAUUACCUCACAUCUUUCAUUGAGUUGAUAAUUCAUGUUGUGAACAUUCUUAAUUAUUAUAUUUCUAAUUUAAUACUAUUCUAUCUAAUUCCUCCAAAACCAGCAAAUUUCCAUAAAACCCAGCCAUAUUAAUACCUUUUGCUUUAGUUUUCCUUGCAAGAAACAAACAAAACACAUCUAAACUAAAUCUAACCUCGCUUUCGGCCAUUCAUAUUCAUUCAUGUCCGUGUCACAAUAAUUUCGACUCGAAAUUAUAAUUUCAACCACUUUUGAGGAGUCGAAAUUAAUUGCGACCUAUCGAAAUUUAGUGACGUCCUUUAGUUAGUUCAACUGAAAUCCACAAGGAUCGCAUAGUGGCAUUUCAACGUCACCAUAUUGAUUGCGACCUGUUUUGAGUCGAAAUUUGAAUUAGAAUCAGGGCCCUGGAUGCGUUCUUGAAAGUUCGCGUAGACACUCUUCAACAUCAUUCUCUUGAAUUAUGCGAGUUCCACGUGAAUUGCCUACUUCAAAUAGUCCAGAUUUCGGGGCUUCUAAUAUACACGAGCCUUGAAGUAUCCCCAUAGGAAACAAUCGAAUAUUGAUAAAUCUGGAGACCACAGAGGCCAAUGAACAUGACCAAACCUGGAAAUAAGGCGACCACAAAACGAAAGGGAGGGCGAAAAACGUUCAUCGUUGCUCUGGUUGUGUGGGCCCCAUCUCGUUGGAACCACACACGUGAGAACGAAACAAUUCGUCGUUGUAAUUCAGGUGAAAAGAAGUUAGUGAUAAUUUCGAAAAAGUAUUCUGAGUUCAUGGUAACAGCAUUGCGAUUAUGUACUUUCUUUGAAGAAGUACUUUUGGUGUGUGCAACGGUCUUUCAUAAUGCGGAUUUCCAUGUCUCCAAUACGGUAAUUCUGCUGGUUAACCAUACCUUCUUCUUAUUCUUCUUCUUGCUCUUUAUAAGCAAUUCUUCUUGUUCAGUGGCGGAUUGAUACCUCUAUGGAAGGUUUUCACUCCAUCUUUUGCGUGGUCGCCAAUACUUCUACCGUUUGGUGAUUUAUCUCUUGCUAUUUUGACCACCCGUGUCUCCCCCAUUCUUUUUUCUGUUUAAUGUCCAUUCGUUUAUACACUGUAUGUUACAUUGUCUUUUCGGUCUCUCAGCGUAUUUCCUGUACUCUCAUCUCUGCCGUUUCCAGUAGUCUUUGUGUUGUGGCUGUAUCGGGUCUGGUUUCUGAUGCAUAUGUCAUUAUUGGUCUUACACUGGCUUUAUAAAUUCUUGACUUCAUCUCAGCGUUAAUAUGUCGGUUUGGCCAUAUAGUGUAAUUAAGCCAUCCUGCCAGUCUAUUUGCUUUUUGUACUUGAUUUCUUACUUCUUUGUCCAGGUCUCUUUAGCUCGACAAUGCAAUUCCAAGGUAUUUUACUUCCCAAUUUCUAUUUUACAUCUGAUUGAUUCUUUACUGAUUACUAUUGUUUUAGUUUUCUGAGAUGACAUUGUCAUACUGAAUUCUUUUGCUCUUAUGUUAAAUCUGUGGACUAAUCAUUGCAGAUUAUCUUCAUCUUGGGCUAUCAAUAUUGCGUCGUCUGCGUAACAGAGUAUUUUUACUUCUUUGUUUCUCAUUUUAUAUCUUGACGUUUUUGAUGAUUUCAUCCAUGAUUAAAUUGAAGAGAAUAUGACUCAAUCAGUCCCUGUCUUAUUCUGUUGCCUAUACGCUCUGAGCUUCGUUGGUGUCGCUCCUGGCGGAUUACUAAUUCAACUUUUACCGGUAAUUUUUAAAUUUAUUAUUUGAUUGUUAUCGCUUAAUAUUUACAACGCAAAAAAGUAAUUAAAUUGUAAUCGAUUUUUUUAAGAUUUUGCUAAUCAUUUUGAUGUUCUAUUGAUAAAAUAUGAAUUUCUUACUUCGGAUACUUUCACAAUUAUCGUGUAGAUGGCGCAGAUUAAUUUAUAAUUACAUAUUGCGGAAAAUUAAAAAAACUUAAAUUCAGCAUUUAAAACGUAAGUAUAUUUAAGGUAAAAAUAUAUACCACAGCUUUGACCAACUAAUAUUUUUUAUAAUUAAUGUUUUUAAUUUUAAUUUUAAGUUAAUCACUUUAACAUUUAUGUCAAAUUUCCGGUAAACGUUUACAGACUUGCCACUACUGGCGCUCGCGAAUUUGUAAAUAUCCCCUCUACGUACGAGCUCACAGCGUAUAUCUAUAGGUUCUGUAUGUUGUCCAUCAAUUCUGACUUCCAUUUUGUUGUUUUGGUAGAUGUUUUCAAUAGUUUUAAUGAUAUAUAGGGGGACUUCUCUAUUAUAUAGGAGAUGGAUUACAUCUUGACCAUAGCUAACCAUACCAAUAAGAUAAAAGUGAGCUGCGGAGGAGGGCUUGUCUAACGCGUUCCACAUUUGCAGGGGUUCGAACCUAACCUAACCUUUAAUGUUUUGUUUCCAACAUCCGUUGGUUUAAUCCGUGAACUAUUUUACUAGCUUCUCUCUAUUAAAUGUAUCAAAUGUUGUUUUAGAAUCCAUUAAAAUUUGAUAUUCUUACAGUGAUCAAAUUAGUUUCCAACACUGAGUCUGAUUUUAUAGUAACGAUUAUCAAAUUCCAAUUAUAUUAUACAUAUCAUCGGCCUCAUAUGAAAAGUGCCUAAGUCCAAAUUAACAAAUUUUACAGGAGACGAAAACAACUGAUUUAAAUAAUGAUUUUGACUUAAAACUUUAUCUUAUUUGACACAGUUACUUAGAAUAGUGUCCGUCAGCCUUCUCAUAAAGAUAUAUCUAUUUUUAAAAUAUUAUUACUUUAAAAAUGGAGUUAGGCAACUUUAAUUCUUGAAAUAAGAAACAAUUUUAGAGUUAGGCAAUUUUUUAUAUUUGUUACUCCAUUUCAUAACGAAAAUAAUGAAGAAAUAUACGUAACUCCAUAAAAUGUCUCCAAAAAUAAACUGUGAAAAAUGCUUAAGUCCCACAGAAAAAAACGAAUGUGGGUUUUAAGGAUAAUAAUGCUACGUAAAUGUAAUUAAUACAAAAAUUAUAAUAAUAUGAUCAAAUUGAACUUACCUUCAAUAAUAGUUUAUACUAUUUCCUUAAAGAUAUGUUAACUUAUAAUACUUUUCUUGGAAAUAUAACACAGCAGCAGCAAAAGUACAUCUAACCUCAAUGACCAUGAUGGACUUUGGCAAGUUUCAUGUGAUUCACCAACGCUGCGGAGUUGGGUAGAAUUCUUUUUGUGGUUCUAGCGACAUCUUUUGACUUUUUUGAACUUUUUUGUCUUGCUAUGCAUGCGUACCAUAAAUAUUAAUCAGAUGGUGCAAAAAUAAAAAUCUCAUUUUUGCUUAUUUUGGGACUUAAGCACUUUUCAUAUGAGGCCGACGAUAUUUCAAAGCGCCAUCUAGGCAUCGUUUAUAAAAAACUAAAAUAUCGUAUGUCCACAUUUUGACAGAUUCCUUCUGAUAAGAUCUUGAUUUGGUGCUGUUAAAGUGAUAAGAUUGUGCUGAUGAAAUAUUUUAUUCAAUGUUUUUUCAAAUGAACUUUGUAAGAUAAAAUAUCACCUUCCUAUUUCUGUACAAAUAUUGAGACUUUGCUUUAUUUGACAUCCAAAAGGAUCUAGAACUUGUAAUUGUCCAUAUGUUAGUGAGAUAUAUGUCUUAAUAUUUGUAAGUUUGAGAUUUAUACAAAAUUGUCUAUCUAAAAAAGAUGUAUUUAUGAUUUAUUAGCUGCACUUUUUUGAACAAAAGCGGAGAUUUGACACUUUUCGUUGGAAUUUUUAUAGUAUAACUCUUACACCGAGUUAACACUUAUUGUCCUAACGUUAUUUAUCGCGACAAUGACAAAUCUUUAAAUAACAUUGCUAUACUUGUGUCGGAUGAUAUUAUGGAAUCUUUACACGCUAAAAACCGUCAUCUGUUGAGAUGGCCGUAGUGGAAAACUCCUGUACUACACAUUGAACUACUGUUUUAAAUUGUAAUUCCAAAUGAUAUCGUCGUCACUAUCAAUGGUACGAUGGUAGUAGUUGAACCUAGACCUGUAGUCUGGCGUGCAAGUCGAAUUUGUCGCUCCAAUUUUAUUUGAAUCCUCAUCUACACCAUCCUUCCUCGUAUCCUCGUCUACACCAUCCAUUUGCUUCUUACUUGGCCUGAUUCUACUUUGGUUUUACACAGACAGGUAUAAUAGAGGCUGUAUAUUUAAAUUUUCAAUCCCUCUUGACAGGUGUGUUGCCUACCUUUUGACAGACUGACAUUACAUCUUUUUCAUCGGCUAAUCUUUUAUUUCUUAUAAACCUCUAAAUAAUCUCUCGUGGUUUGUAGAUUUCGAGGGUAAAUUUUUAGUCUGAAAGAUUUAGACUUCUUAGCCAAGCCGCACACCAAAGAAACAUGAAACGAAAAACAUGAAACAUGAAACGAAAAACAUGUUUCAUGAAAAGAAAACACUGCUAAAAAAAUCUCAAAGUCCGCCUACUAAUGAAACGAGUGCGAUUCAUGCUCAUGACACAUUUUUAUUUUCGGAGAGUCUCAUAAAUGGCCGGAUAUAUAUUUGUUUAGCAGUGGUUUAUUUCCAUGAAACGUAAUUUACGUUUCACGUUUCUUUGAUGUGCGGCCGGGCUAAAGAAAACCUGUUAUCUGUUUCAAAGCUACGUUUAUUACUACAACAGUCUUAAAAAGACCUGUUCCAGGUAAUGUACUUUUACGAUACUUCUUACUCGGAAUUUUCACGGAAUAUUCAUGUUCUUCUAUCCACUUUGCAAAUUUGCAGAGAUAUAUGAGUGAGCAGUGCCCAAUGAGAACAUCAUUAUAAUCAGUGAUUAUUCUAAGAUCAGUUUGCGAAGGUUGAAGUAAGUAUUUUUGCAUAUCGAGCUAACGAAGGGUUCAAUAUCCUUUUUACUUGCUUUUGGCCUUGGAAAUAUUUUCCCAGUUGACUGUAAUAAGUUUGUUUCGAGCUUAACACGUAAUUUAUCGUGACCAGACAUCUCGUAACGUGACAAUUCGUAACCGGGCAAGUGGUAACGGACAACUCGUAACGGCGACAGUUCGUAACAGCGACACUUCGUAACGGCGACAGUUCAUAACUACAAAUUCGUAACGGACAAUUCGUAACGUCAAAAUUAAAAUAUUCUGUUUUAUUUUUGUUAACGCGGAAAUUAACUGAGUUACAAUUGAAAUUAUGUUUAUCAAUUUAAUGAAUCAGUACCGAGAUAAACAUGUUUAACACAUUUUAUAUUUUGUGUUUCAGAAUAUGUAUAUUAUAAGUAUUUAAACACAAACAAAUAUUUAAAUACAUACAAACUUUUAACAAUAUUUUUAAAAGUUUAUUCCUCUUAUUGUUCCUUAAAUUUGCAUAUGCGUAGAAAAAGGAUUAAUGAAGUAAUUCGUGAAAUCUUUAAGCCGACAACCGUCUUUAGACAUUCGCAACUUUCUAUCUAACUAAACAUUUUGUAAAGGAAAGAUUAUAAUUAUUAUCUGUUAUUCUAAUAAAUCUUGUGAUUGGUUAUAGCGUUGGGAUAUUCAAUCAACGGUUAUACUAGUUGUUGAUAAGCCUUUUAAUACUUUAAUCUUACUUUUAUUAUAUUCUGAAACACGAAAUAUGAAAUGCCGUAAAAAUGUUUAUCCUGAUAUUGAUUAUUAUUAUAUUUGAUUAAAUUUAUAAACAUAAUUUCAUUCAUAACAGUAAUAACAGUUAGUUUCCACGUUAACAGAAAUAAACAGAAUAAUUCAAUUUGGACGUUACGAAUUGUCCGUUACGAAUUUGUAUAGUUACGAACUGUUACCGUUACGAAGUGUCGCCGUUACGAAUUGUCCGUUACCAGUUGUCCGGUUACGAACUGUCGCGUUACGAUAUGUCAUGGAACCGUAAUUUAUAUCUUACUUCCUUGAAAUUACGAAGCUUUUGCGGGCUCUGUAGCACUAUCAUCUUCUGUCCAUUCGGUCUAGGACCAGACGACGCCAUUUUCUGCUAUCAAGAGCUGUUAACUUACCUAUACUUUUCUUUUGGGGGCUAAAUCUUUUUGAUUAACUGUAAAUGAUACAAAGAUGCCUUUCUGGUCCGUCAUCUCUAUACAUGGUUUUAAUAUAUUUUUCCCAGGUAACACGAAUCUCGUUAUUGCUUGUUUUUUGUUGUUUUCUCUAAUCAUCAAGGUCAUGUUUUUAUUCCUGAAACAUCUAUCAUCUGCUUUAAUUUCUUAUGGAAAUUAAACGAGUCAUUAUGCAAAUAACUCUGCCUUUUGACAUUGUCGUAUGCCUCUAUUUAUUAAGCUAUACUACACCGCUCAGUUUACUAAUACAUACAUCGUUCUUCCCUUUCAUCAAGGAUUUACUGUCAUUAAAAAUUUCUUUGCUUCUCGUUUACUAUAGGUACCGACUCGAUAGCUUUUUUAUUGCUUGUUUCACGUUCAUCUUUAUAUUUUCUCAAUAUUCUUCUACAGUUUGCUCCUCAAUUAGUUUGUGUUUCGAAGUUUUUCUCUAUUUGGACAGAUUUCCAUGUAUAGCGACGUUUUGAAUGCGAUCGUUUGACAAAAUUCUGUUUCUUAUAGUGCUCAAAGACCAACAUACGAUUUGCAUCUGUUUUGUAAAAGAUUUAACAUAUAAUUUAUUUAUGACAACUUAAGACGGCAAAUUUGACUCAUUUUCAAGAUGAGAGAUUAGAGAUUAGAGAGUCUUAGAGAUUUUCUAGAUGAUAUCAUUAACUUUUGAAAACUAAUCAUGAACACUAAAGACUCUAUUAUAAGUACUUUAUUACAGUUAAAUCUGUCUUAUAAUUUAUAUUUGUAUGAAAACUAAAGUGGCAGCUUGUAAUCUAUAAAUAUGAUCUUUCGGAGCAACUAAACUAUACGAAUGUGACGAAUAAUCAUAUAUUUGUGUUUUUUUGAAGACGUCUAACUUGUGUUAAGAGAAGUAAAACUAAGGACUGAUGAUCUUGAAUAUUUUUUAGGUGUUUUUAACUACGCAGUAAAUAAUAUUGUCAAGGAAUGAUACUUACUGGCGAUACUGUGUGGGUUGAAGUAAAGCUACUGCAUUGGUUGAACAUUUGUUAAAAUUAAUCCUGACUUAUUCGACUUUAAUCCCGGCAUAUUUGUUGAAGUAAAAAAUACACACACAAUGCCUAAUUUUUAUUUAAUAUAAAUACGGUUUAUUUCUACUAAUUAUGCUUAGCAAUAAUUGUAAUUAUAGAUUUAAAGAUCUUAUUUUUCUUCUCUUCUUUAUAUCAAGACUAUUUUUCCUCAUUGUUCUGCACUGCACAGUUAGUUUGUACAGGAGCAUCUUUUCAGAUGUUGCAGAUAAAUACCAUAAGCUAAACACGCUUUGUAAGCCCAGGGCCUAUUAGUUACAUCUAAAAUCUUUUUCUUAUUUUUCACUAAUGUUCUUGACGAUACUUCUCUAUCUCCUUCUGUCUUUUGUCUUCUGCCUCUUUUCUCCGGUCCAAAUUACCUACUUCCUAGAAUAGUCCAAGAGGCAGCGCUGAAAAAUCUCUUUGAAUUUACUAAAGAUAGAUUUUUCACAGUUGAUCACUGUGAUUGUGUAAAGAAACAUAC